AUGAUCAAAGGAAAAGACGUGUACGAUGUUGUGGCAGCGCUUGUGCCUCUCUACGUGGCUUUGUUCUUAGCAUAUGGUUCCGUCCGUUGGUGGAAGAUCUUCAGCCCAGAACAGUGCUCUGGCAUAAACCGUUUUGUGUCUGUUUUUGCAGUGCCCUUCCUCUCUUUCCAUUUCAUAUCCAACAAUAACCCUUACACCAUGAACUUCAGGUUCUUAGCUGCGGACUGUCUUCAAAAGGUUGUGAUUUUGGCUGCACUUUUUCUGUGGAACACUUUCACAAAGUGGGGUAGCAUUGACUGGACCAUUACACUCUUCUCACUCUCCACUCUCCCCAACACACUCAUCAUGGGUGUUCCUCUUCUCAAAGCCAUGUACGGAGAUUUCACAGCCACCCUCAUGAUUCAAAUUGUGGUUUUUCAGAGUGUGAUUUGGUACACUCUCUUGCUGUUCAUGUUUGAAUACAGAGGGGCCAAGUUACUCAUCUCAGAGCAAUUCCCUGACACUGCUGGAGCCAUUGCCUCCCUAAGGGUUGAUUCAAGUGUGAGCUCUCUCAAUGGAAGAGAGCCAUUGCAUGCUGAUGCAGAAAUUGGAGAAAACGGAGAACUCCACGUGGUGUUGAGAAGCAUGUCACGCUCUACGUCCUUAAGCAUGCCUUCUUCAUUCCACAAGUCAUAUUCAACACCUAGACCAUCAAAUGCAGCUUUUGUGGAUAUGCCUCAGAACAUGUUUUGGAGGAGCAAGAGUGACGGUUGCGGGGUUUCUAGAGCUGGUUUUGUUUACUCAUACCCCUCACAAAAUCUAGGGUUUGUAGGGUUUGAUGGUGGUUUUGUUUCUUCACACAUUUAUCCAAAACCAGAGUUUCCAGGGUUUGUUAGUGGUUUGGCUACUCCAUACCCGUCUCCAAAACCAGUGAUUGCAUGGUCGGAUGGUGGUGGCCAAAGAAAAGCAGGUUCUAAAAAUUGUUCAUACAUGUUUGGUUGCAGCUUGAAUGCAUCAUCAAAUUCUGAUGUUAAUCAGAGACAUGAAAUAAAUAGAGUUGGCUCCUUUGCCACCAUUGGACCUUCCAAAUUUCCUCUUGAAACUGCUGCUUCAAAAGAACAUGAACUUGUGAGUCAAGAAGUAGCAGAACAUCGUGCAAUGGGGAAACAAAAAGAGGUGAAAAAUGAAGAAGUUGAGACAAACAAAAAUCAACAAAUGCCACGUGCUAAUGUCAUGAUAAAACUUAUUCUGAUAAUGGUUUGGAGGAAUCUGAUAAGAAACCCUAAUACAUAUGCAAGUGUUUUAGGUCUCAUUUGGUCUCUCAUAUUUUACAGGUGGAGCAUCAAAGUGCCAUCUAUUAUAAAAGGUUCCAUUGAAAUAAUUUCUAACACAGGACUAGGAAUGGCCAUGUUCAGUCUUGGUCUAUUCAUGGCAUUACAACCUAAGAUCAUUACUUGUGGAAAAACUCUGGCUGCACUUGCAUUCGCAAUUAAGUUCUUGGUUGGUCCAUUUAUGAUUCUUGCAGCCUCCAAAAUAAUUGGUAUCCAUGGAGUUCUUUUACGAAUUACAAUUGUUCAGGCUGCUCUUCCCCAAGGAAUUGUCCCAUUUGUAUUUGCAAAAGAAUAUAAUCUUCAUGCAGACGUGCUCAGCACAGCAGUUGUCUUCGGAAUGGUGGUUGCGUUGCCCGUAACAAUAAUUUACUAUGUAGUUCUUGGACUUUAG